AUUGACAUUUGACACUUUUGACAGUUAAUAUUUUGUUUUUUCAGAAAUUUAAGAUUUAAUUUGUUCAUCGUGUAUACAUUUGUAAGAGCAUAUCUUUAAAUUACAAUGGCACACACGAUUUUGCUCGUACAACCCGGUACAAAUCCCGAAACACGGACCUAUUCAGAUUAUGAGUCUGUUAACGAAUGCAUGGAAGGAGUUUGUAGAAUAUACGAAGAACAUUUAAAAAGACGCAAUCCAAAUACUCCUACGAUUACGUACGACAUUUCUCAGUUGUUCGAUUUCGUAGAUCAGCUUUCAGAUUUGAGCUGCUUGGUUUACCAAAAAUCAACAAAUACAUAUGCUCCUUACAACAAGGACUGGAUAAAAGAGAAAAUCUAUAUAUUGCUGCGGCAAGCAGCUGGUCAUGAGGUGUAAUAAUCUUUAAAUUACUAAAUAAUUAUUUUGUGUUAUGAAUAUGAUUUAAUUUAUAGUGAUUAUAAAUAAUUUUAAGUUUUUGUAAAAGUUCUUUCUCAUAAUAUCUAGUAUUACUAAAAUAAAACUAAAUUAAAACAAAAUUAUAUUUUGAUCUUCAACAUUACAAUCAAUCACAAUCUCCUUAAAACAUGACAUAAAAUUUUCACAACCACAAAUUAACACCUGAAUAUUUUCAUCUUUAUCAAUAAAAUAUUUUUUUAUCAGCAUAUUAUCCAAUUUGAAAUUAUGAACAGUUUCAUUGUACUUUUGAGUUAAAUUUUUAGAAUUACCUAAAAAAAUUUCAUAGCUAAAAUUCCAGUUAGAUUGUAAAUCAUGUAUUUCGUUCCUUAAAUAAAUACUAUCACAACUUUUACAACAAAAAUAUAAUUUUAAGAAUGUAUUACAAUUCUCGUUUCUGAGUAUAUCACAAAUUAUGCUAUAUAAAGGUGCAAUUCCCACUCCUUGAGCUAUAAAAAGAACAUGCUUAAAUGUAUAAUUGACAGAAAAAUUUCCAUAGGGUCCUCGCCAAAUAGUUUUUGAGUCAAUUUUAAGCCUCCUGAUAUAUUGGGACAUUUUACCCACUUUGUACAAUUUUAUUAGUACAGUAAAUUGCAGUUCUUUUGUAGUGUUGACUGGUAUCGGUGUAUAAGACCGUUGGAAUUCUUCAUCUUUGGGUCCUGCUUUAAGCAUAAAAUACUGGCCAGGAUUGUACAUUACUUGUAAAUUGUUAUUUUCAUUCUCAGCAAUCUUUAAAAAUUCAACGAAUUCAAAAGUGAUUAACACUGCAUCGUCGGCAUGAUUUUCGAUGUUUAUAACUUUAAAAAUGCUAUAACCUGUGAUUAUCAGGCAGUUUUUAUAAAAUUUUGAAUGUAAAACUUCCUGCGUUUUUCUUUCAUUGUAUUUUUUCAGUUGUUCCUCAUAAACAUCCAAAAUGCAAGGAUUGCAACCAGAGUUACAACAGUCUGAUUCAUCAGGUUUUACAGGUGGUUCCAUCAAAAUCCACAAUAUUAAAUGGG